GCUGUGUUUGGGGCUGUUGCCAGGGGUGGAAGCCCAAGCGGAAAUAACCCCCCGCGUUGUCAGGGUGAGGGGUUAGAGUUCACCGCUCGGGAUGGAGGCUCCGAGCGUCCUGCUGGUGAGCUGCUGCCCGAGCUUCGUGGAGGAGAGUCUGGUGAGAGACAUUAUUGGAACCGAUGACAUUCCAGAAUACACUGGCCCCAGGAAUGUAGUUCGAUGUUACCCAUGGACCAUAGAUAACAAGUAUUACACUGCGACUGUUCAGCUGUGUGUGGUGUCUGACAAAUUCAAAGUGACAAAGGAGAUUGCUGACUUGGUGGAGGCCUUUGUGAUUUACUUUGACAGCACAACGAGUUCUGGUCUUGAUGAAGUAUCUACUUGGCUUCCUCUAACUCAGGAAUGGUCGCCUGAAGUUUUGAUUCUGGUGUGUGACAGGGUUUCAGACAAUGCUGCUUCAGAGGAAAGUGCAGGAUUCUUGGGAUCCACCUCCCCAGGAUUUAUUGGGGUAAGCAGACAAGCAGCACAGCAGUGGUGUAUUCAACAUGGUUUUGAAUUGGUGGAGCUCAAUCCAGAAGAAUUGCCAGAUGAAGAAGAUGACUUCCCUGAAUCCACUGGUGUAACGAGGAUUAUUCAAGCCUUGAAUGCAAAUGUAUGGUCAAAUGUUGAGAUGAAAACAGAUAGGCCUCAGGAUUUUGGAAUUCUCAGCAGUCUAACUGGUGUACUUGAAAACAGUGGAACUGAAGCAGAAACACAAGAAUACCACAGACUUACAGAACCUGAUGAUGAAUCACUUGCAGAGGACACCAGUAGGACGUCUCCUCAGAUGGACAGUGUUAUAGCAGAUCCAACAUUACACUUGGAUAUCCAAGAGCUUGCCACUCUUACUACAGGCGAAGUUGAUUGUGAAAAUUUUGAGCGUUUAUUUGAAAAGCUUAAGCAAAUGAAAGACAAAGCAGCAGCAUUACCUCAUGAACAAAGAAAACUUCAUGCAGAAAAAGUUGCUAAAGCUUUUUGGAUGGCCAUUGGUGGAGACAGAGAAGAGAUCGAGGAGCCGUCUGAUGAAGAGAAUAAUUAACAGCUGGACCAUUUUGUGGCUUUCCAGAUGAAAUAUGGUGGUGUGUUGGGCCAAGGUGCUGCUCGAGCCUCUCAUUAGACAUUUCACUCAGUGUUGCUAGGCCAAGACUUCUCAUGUAACUUCAGUGCACUGUGACUCAGUGUUUUUAAUUGUGUGUAAGGUAUGGGUCUUCAUUUGCAUUUUCUCCUUCUACCUCAGUCAUAUUUAUUCAAGUAAAAAUAUGACUGAAGUAGUCCUGUGGGAAGAAACACCAUUUACCCCCACCCACUCUUUUCUAAGGUACACAUUCUUUUAAUAUUCUACAUUAGCUUUAUCAAAUUGUACUCCAGGUAGAUAGAAUUGGAAGUGUUUCUUACUUCCAAAAAAAGUGCUCUGGUAAAUCAACCUGGCUCUUCUAAAUCAGUUUCCGCUGGGCGUAUAACCACCAGCACAGACCUUCCCUUAACUGCUUGGCAUGCAGUCAAUUUUCAUUUAAAGUUGAUAGGAUGGUGGUGGAAUUGAGGAUGAUGUCUUAGUUAAAUGUGUGCUUGGGUUUGCUGUUACCAUAUUUAUUUGGGAGUCUUACUUAUAACCAUGCAACUGAUGAUAUGAGAAUACUUAUUAUUAAUGCCAGCUGUUUAAACUGGAGAUCUUCCAUUCCCCUCAGAGCUAACAACCCUCACCAGAAUGGAAAAAAUAAUUAAUCUCCCCAAAUGAUAUAAGCUAAUGUUCUAUUAGAAUUAAAUAAGCAGUUAAACAAAAUGUCAAUUGAUCAAUAAUUCUAAACUUUGUCUGAUAUGGGAAAUAAAUAAACUGUGUAUGUGAUCCUCUUCGAGAAUGUUUUUCUAUAUGCACUCUGGAUAUGGACAAAAUUGAAUCAUUCUUUACAAAUGCUCAAGUAGUGAUCAUCAAGGCUCAUAAUACAAAUUGUUUCAGGUGCUUGUUGUUCCGUUAAUAAAUGGUCUACUUCACUGCCA